CGGUGAGAGAGGCAAUCGUAUACGAUUUUGAGUUGUGACUGUAUUUUACUAUAUAUUUAUACUAUAUAUAUACACAUGCGUGCUUUUUAUUUGUCAUUGCCAUCCAUAGGGUACUAACCGAAGUUAUCUUUUUCCCGAGCUUUUAGUGGAAAACUUGAAAAAACUUAGUGCUCUUUAGCCGGUUAUUAGGUUACUGUAUAAGGAGUGAGAGAGACAGAUGGAGGGUGGAAAGAGAACAGAAGCUGGAACAUCAAGCGGUGGUGGUGAGAGGCAAGACAAGUUAAGAGAAAUGAAGAGUGAGAAACCACCAAGUGAAGUGUUUGAUGAUGGAGAUGAUCACGAAGAUGAAGAGGAAGAAGAUGAUAAGGAAGGUGCUAGAAUUGUUACUGCUGGUUUUGAUCCUGGGCCUUUGCUUUCUCUCAAGGAACAAAUUGAGAAAGACAAGGAUGACGAUAGCUUAAGGAGGUGGAAAGAGAAGUUGCUUGGUUGUGUUGAAGGCGAUUUAAAUGGCCAAAUGGAACCUGAAGUCAAAUUUCAUUCAAUUGGAAUCAUAUCUGAUGAAUUUGGGGAAAUUAAUUCUCCUUUACCUGUAGCUGAAAAUCAGAGUCGCGUUCUUUUCACUCUCAAGGAGGGAUCUCGGUAUCAGCUGAAGUUAACAUUCACUGUUCUGCACAACAUUGUUUCUGGCCUUACUUACUCCAACACAGUGUGGAAGGGGGGACUUCAAGUUGAUCAGAGUAAAGGGAUGUUGGGCACUUUCGCUCCUCAGCGAGAACCAUAUGAGCAUAUUUUGGAUGAGGAGACAACUCCAUCUGGUGCGCUAGCUCGGGGCAUUUACUCAGCAAGGCUUAAGUUUGAAGAUGAUGAUAGAAGAUGUCAUAUGGAACUAAAAUAUUCCUUCGAAAUCAAGAAGAGCAGCUAGCCUAAGUUUUUCUGUGUUUUGCAGUCUGUUUAUCAUACACUGUCAUAUGACUUACACGCUUGUUUGUUAACAUUGCUUUGUAGACAUUUAAAUUAAAUUCUAGUUGCCUUUA